AGUUCACAUUCAUUAUUCGUUUACGAACCAAAGCAUAAUCAUCUUUCUGAAGUAAGCGGAGUAGCUUCUACUCGUUCCUGCCGUCAAAAUGGGCCGUUGGUUGGUUAUACUGAUUCUCUGUUUGGCCGCGAGUGCUUCCUUCGUGGAAGCGGGUCCGUCGCAGCGGAAGCCGAAGCGAGUGUUCUGCUGUCCGCCGUUCUGGACCCUCCGGGGUAACCGCUGUUAUCGCUUCGUGGGCAAGGAGAUGGACUGGCACGCCGCCCAAAGCUACUGCAACGGCCUAGACCACCGGGCCAACUUGGUGUCUCUCAACACGGCAAGCGAGGCGCAGUUCAUCCACCAUAUGUUCGCUGAGAAAGGGGGAGGGCUGUUCUCGAACUACUGGAUCGGGCUGAACGACAUCGACUCGGAGGGCCAUUACAAAUGGGUUGGCACCAACAGGCCAAUGUCCUACCACAACUGGAACGCCGGGCAGCCUGACAACAGAGGCCACAACGAGGAUUGCGGCGAGGUAGCUACCGUGUCCGGCUAUUGGAAUGACAUCCGUUGCACUGAUAAGCAGCCCUUCUUUUGUGAGCGACCACGGCCUGUCUCCUACUAGAGCAGAAACCUCAGCGACGUUUAACGCCCCGAUUUCCACUCAGCUUCUUUUAAGUGUGCCAUCAGUUUUACUAAUCAUGGUCACUGAAUGUGGAAUGAUCCCUAAGCUAUCAAACGCAGUAACUUCAAAGUCACUUCUAGAACCCAAGUGACCCCGGCAAUAACCACACACGGAGGCAAACACUGAGGUACCCAUUCCAGCUGUCGAUGGAGAAACAUACACCUGUCUAGUCCACUUGCCCUUUUUUCUUUGAGCUGAUACAGUAAGAAGCAUUCUUUCGUGAGAAUCCUCGACCGUUGCACAUCACAAUAGAAAAAAUAAUGAUAAUACGAAAACACGUAUGUAGAGCACUGUAAUUAGAUUUCGUUCACACCGCAAAGCUCUAAUAACAAAAGAGUAGUUUCUUCUAACUAAAUGUUUAGCAUCGAUUGAAAACUUCAACAGUUCGCUUUUCUGGUGGGAAAAUUCUACGAGAAAAACUCCAGUUUCAGACAUUUUGAAGUGAUAGUCUUUCGGAAUGCCUUAAGAAAAUAAUCUCAUAUCUAAGCUGCCAAGAUAUUCAUCGAAGGAAUAACUGCUGAAACAUUCAGAUGACUUUCAUGGAAGUUUCCUCUCCACCCUGGAACUGUAUUUGACUGCAAAAUGGUCUUCCAUAAAUUUGCCUAUCAGGAUAUGCGAAGAGUGUGAUGCUACUGGACUUUUUGUAUUUUGUCUUUAUCACCAUUGCCAUUUACGUAGUUUUGAAAAGGACAGCUUUUUGUGGUUGGCUUUCUCUCCUUCUAAGUGAAAAAUUGGCUUUCUAUUCCUGGGAUAUUUUCUUGAUUUAUUCUAAUGUAACUUUUCAGCAGGUUUGUUAGAGAAGAAAAAACUUUUAUGAAGAAGAUAAGCCUUAGACGCACCAAUAUGGCCCUGUUAGAUUUGUACAAUUAUCUGUCGCUAAUAUCUAUGCACUUAUGAAUGUCAUAUAUGGUAUUACAACGCCUCAUCCACGGAUCUGUAUGUUGAUUGGCCUGAUCUGUAUGUUGAUUGGCCUGAAGUGUGGCAUGUGACGCUUGCUAGUUCUACUAUAGAGACUAUACACAUGCAGUCUCGCUCUGAAAAAGAGUUGUACCGGUAGCAACCAAAGAACUAUAUCCGUAGCACAGAAACAGUACCCAGGCGUGUAUUUUGUCUUGUAGCGUAAACCUGUGGGUAAACCUGUGGGUGAGGUGUUGUAAAAACUGCAUUAUCUCUUGGUUCGCCUCUGGAAAACAGAAUGCUUCAUGGACCACCUCGGGAGGCUAGUUUUACUUUACCACUCGAAGCAGUCAAUAUUUGUAUACUAUACCCAUCUAACCCAAAAGAUAUAAACACUGCUCUGAUGAAUUUACUUGCUGAUAUCAUUAUUUUUAAAGUCACAUACCCUUCCACCAAGACGAUUUUAAACAUGUUUCAUCUAAUUCAUCAAAUUGGUUCCAACCGUGUGGACACCUUGAAGUUCAGUGCUUGAAUGACAUCAGAAUUUCGUUCAGGAGUAUGGAAUUUCGCAUUAUAAAACCAGUAUAAAACCAAAAAGAAUCCAAAAUGCAGCUUGAAAGAGUUAAACAAAAACAUUUGAAUGAGGUUAAUUAAAACACAAAGGUGCGAUUUAAAGGGCUGAAAUAAAUCAUUGUUCUGCAUGGUCCCAUUAAAGAAGAGCACAAAGAAAAAAUCAUUAUAUGGACUCAUUCAUUAAUAAAAUGGGCAUGGUCUGUCCCUC